AUGAAGUCACCUAUCUAUAUUCUGGCAAUGCUUCUUCCACUUGCUACAGAAAUAGCUAUGGGCUCACCAGUCGUGGAGCCAGACUUUGAUGCGAUUGAGGAGCGAGGUCAAGGAAACAACAAGCACUGGGACAAAGACUGGGAUGAUCACCACGGAUGGGACAAGCAUAAGAACCCAUGCGAGGUCCAGCGAUCUUACCCAUACUACAAAUAUCCCUGCGAUUCGAGCCCCUCGACCGGCAUGUCGCAAGUCGGUGCUAUUUUCACGCCUUCAUGCAAAUACCAGAAUGGCAACUCUGGCGUUUGGUACCUAGCCGCCAAAGGAUGGGUUAAGGACUCAGACAAACCUUCCCGAUGCCGUGAGUGA